AUGGAGGUGGUGCUUCCAAAGGACUGCUGUAUGUAUAAAGGUGAGUGAGUCGUCCCUGGAACGCCCACUGCUGCCAAGCCCUCAACACACAAUACAACCACAUAGCUUUAAAUGGGUUGUGCUUGACUGGUUUGUUAGCAUACCUGUUUUCUUCAGACUCAUAACCCUCAGUUUUCAUCCUGACAUGAUAUUGAGUGUUAUGAGUCCCUAUCCUGCAAAAUAUACGUCACAGUCAUUUUACUGUAAUAGCAUGAUGAGGGAAGGCCAAAAAGGAGGGAUAUGGCUCAUAGACUUCUACUUAAAUUUACGACAUGUCACGAUCGUCAGGGAGAGACCAAUGCGCAGCGUGAUGAAUGAACAUGUUUACUUUAUUAAAUUAAAGCACGAACAAAACAACAAACGACUCGUAACGUCCACGGUGACAAUGACCGAACAAAAACCCACAAACACAAAGUGAAAAACAGACAGUUAAAUAUGGCUCCCAAUCAGAGACAACCAGCCAACAGCUGACACUCGUUGCCUCUGAUUGGGAGUCACUAAGGCAAACAUAGAAAACAACAAACCAGAACCCCCAACAUAGAAAUAAACCACAUAGAAUGAACACACCCUGGCUCAACAUAUAGAGUCCCAGAGCCAGGGUGUGACAGUACCCCCCCCUAAAGGCGCGGAUUGCGACCGCGCCUCAACCAGAGAAAAAUAGGGGAGGGCUGGGUGGGCACUCCUCCUCGGCGGCGGUUCUGGCUCCGGGCUUGCCCACCACCCUCCAAUAAACCCCCCAUAGCGCCCCUGGUCCGGUCUGGCCCCGCUGGCUGGAGCUGACCUGGACGUAGCAGGAGCGGCUAGCUUCAGCUCCGUUGGGGAGCAAUAAAGCGGUACCUGAUUUGGCACCGAUGACCCAGGCACGGGUUGUGCCAGACUGACGACGCGCACCCCAGGCUUGGUGCGUGAGGCAGGAAAGGACCGGACCUGGCUGUCGAUGCGCACACCUGGCUUGGUGCGUGGAGCAGCAACGGGCCGGACCGGGCUGACGAUACGCACCCCUGGCUUGGUGCGUGGAGCCGGAACGGGCCUCACCGGACUGAUGACUCGCACCCCAGGCUUGGUGCGUGGAGCAGCAACGGGCCGGACCGGGCUGACGAUGCGCACCCCUGGCUUGGUGCGUGGAGCAGCGACGGGCCGGACCGGGCCUCACCGGACUGACGACUCGCACCCCUGGCUUUAUUAAAUUAAAGCACGAACAAAACAACAAACGACUCGUAACGUCCACGGUGACAAUGACCGAACACGGAACAAAAACCCACAAACACAAAGUGAAAAACAGACAGUUAAAUAUGGCUCCCAAUCAGAGACAACCAGCCAACAGCUGACACUCGUUGCCUCUGAUUGGGAGUCACUAAGGCAAACAUAGAAAACAACAAACCAGAACCCCCAACAUAGAAAUAAACCACAUAGAAUGAACACACCCUGGCUCAACAUAUAGAGUCCCAGAGCCAGGGUGUGACACGACAGUAGAGCAGACAGACUGAACUCUCAAUGAACUGCCAGUGGAGCUUGGUGUGGAUGGCCUAACAUUGAAUUAGACUAGAGUGAAUGACAUAAGGACAUGGAGGGUGUGUUCUGCAACAAUGACACAGUGUCAGUGACAUACCAUAUUACAUCAUACUGGAAAAUCCACAGUGAUACUGCACGUUACCUAAAAGUGUGUAACAGUGUAUUUGACCUUAACCUUGCGCAUGUGUGUGUUGUGUGUGUGUUUCCAGGGGUGCUGGAUGAUGAGGAUGUCCGUGCGAUGAUGCGCGGUUCCAACAUGGUGAAGGUACGCUCCCAGAGGUGGCAGAAGAGCCGCAGCCUGCGUCUGCUGGAGGACGGGGUCACCGUGUGGUGUGAGUCCACCAAGAGCUCCCGCAAGGCCAAGGCACAACAGACCUGUGAGUAUACCAUGGGGGACGGAGGGGUGGAGGGAGGGGCCAGAGGAGGAGGGGAAAGGCGAGGUAUGGGGAAGGAGGAGAGAAAAGAGAGGGGUGGGUGUGGAGAGAAAGGAGGCAUAAGAGAGGAGAAGGAGAAAGGAUACGGAUGUAGAUUAAGGGAAAGGGAGGGGAGAAGGUAGGUGUAGAUUUAGAAGAAGGUUAGGGAGUGAGCAGAAAAGAGGAGAGGAGUGGGGAUGGGGAGUGGUCACAAGAGGGGGAUGUUUUGGUCUUUUAGAUUUUCAGAUUCUGAGGCUUUCGCGAUAAUUGGAAAGGAAACUUAACCGAUAUCAGAUUAGGAGAAGUAGCCUUGCAUGAAGGGAAGACUAUCUACAGGAAAAUAAUAAUGUAUAAACAAACGAACAGGACUUCCACAAGCUGUUCUAGCCUCUUAGACCUGAUUCAGUAGAUUCAUUUAGCCAGCUCUUUGUCCUAAGCCGUUUGUGCUUUUCAUGUUGGCCAACAAUAAUGCCCUCUUUUCUACAUUUCCCUUUAAUUAAUUAAAGGGAUACUAUGCUAUGAGCCAGGAAUAAAGUCAGAUGCUAUAACCUGUGUAAUUGUAUGAUACAGGUAACUGCCAGAAUAAUGGAAACACUAGAGUAAAUGAGGGAUACAAAGUAUAUUGAAAGCAGGUGCUUCCACACAGGUGUGGUUCCUGAGUUAAUUAAGCAAUUAACAUCCCAUCAUGCUUAGGGUCAUGUAUAAAAAUGCUGGGCAGGCCAUUAUUUUGGCUACCAUGGCUAUGCCCCCAUAGGAUGACAAUGCCCCCAUCCACAGGGCACGAGGUUUGGUGAGCAUGAAAACGAUGUAAACCAUAUGCCAUGGCCGUCUCAGUCACCAGAUCUCAACCCAAUUAAACACUUAUGGGAGAUUCUGGAGCGGCACCUGAGACAGCAUUUUCCACCACCAUCAACAAAACAUCAAAUGAUGGAAUUUCUCAUUGAAGAAUGGUGUUGCAUCCCUUCAGUAGAGUUCCAAGGUGCAUUGAAGCUGUUCUGGCUCGUGGUGGCCCAACGCCCUAUUAAGACAAUAUAUGUUGGUGUUUCCUUUAUUUUGGCAGUUACCUGUGUGUCACCUGUAGUAAUGCAUCCAUAUAGUACACACAGAAACUCCAUACCUGCUGAAGGUUCACAUCGGUCAACCACUGUUAUAAAGAGGUAUAAACGACACAAUCUGCAUUAGAAACAAUGCACAGUACAUAGACUUGUUAUCCGUUGGCCUCAACAUAUUGGCUUACCUCAGCUCGCUAAUCGUUUGCAGGCAAUGGGCCGAUCAGAAAGGGAAGCUGGCACAUCAUAUGAGUGCUCUAAUGAUUACGAUCCCCUUAAAGAAGAGAGAGGAAAUGUUGGCAGUAAUCCUAGAUGUUUUGGCCCAUUAUACUGUGGGAACGCUAUUUCUAAUCAUAAAGUUUUGACCGCUUCCCCUCUCUCAUAUGCACAGAUACACAUACUUGCACACACACACUCAAACGCACACACACGCACACACACACACAUGCACACACACACACUCACACACACAGUUUUGCUAUCCUUGUGGGGACCAAAUAAUUGAUUUCCAUUUAACCGUAACCCUAACCUUAACCCCAAACCCCUAACCCUAAAACUAUACCUAACCCCUAACCCUAACCCUAACCCUAACCGUAACCCCUAAACCUAAACUAAUUGUAACCCUAACCCUAAACCUAACCCCUAAGCCUAAAUUAACCUUUUUCCUUGUGGGGACCGGCGAAAUGUCCCCAAUUGUCAGAAUCUUCCUUGUUUUGAUAUCCUUGUGAGUUCUGGUCCCCACAAGAAUAGUAAAACCAAAAACACACACACAAAGCUCAAUGGUUUAAGGAGAAGGAUAAGUGGGCAGCGGGUGAAGCGCUUGGAGUCCUCAGGUCUCCUAAACCGGUAGUAAAUCUCAGUAUAGUUUAAUAGAUCUACACCUACAGGGUUUGCCUCUCAGAUUGCUCUUGAAAUAUCCCUCCGGUAAAUGAGAGGCCAUGGCUCUGGCCCCUCUCCAUGUUCCAUAAGGCAAAUAUAGGGCUCCUCUGCCCUGCCCAUAGGGAUCUGAUGACACAGCCUAAUGAUUGUUUUUGGCAUGACAAAGGAUGUGUGUGUGUGAGUGCGCGUGCGUGCACGCUUGUGUCAGAUUAUAGCCCUACCAAAUGGGUAAACCUCUUUAUGACUCCCAAUUGCAGGGUUUGGCCUUACCAACUGCUACUACACUACUAUAAUUGAGAUUGUCAUUUAAAGAGUCUAAAUAUGUGUCACGCCCUGGCUCUGGGGACUCUUAUACGUUGAGCCAGGGUGUGGAUUUUUCUAUGUUGUGUUCUAGUUCGUGUAUAUCUAUGUUGGCCAGGGUGGUUCCCAAUCAGAGGCAGCUGUAGCUUGUUGUCUCUGAUUGGGGACCAUACUUAGGCAGCCUGUUUGGCACAGUUUAUUGUGGGAUCUUGUUCCGGAAGGUUUGUGUUCAACCCAGGACUUCACGUAUCGUUUGUUUUGUUGUUUUGGUUCGUGUUGUGUACUGCAAAUAAGGAAUGUACGCAUAUCACGCUGCGCCUUGGUCCGCUUCAUCAUGGAACGAUCGUGACAAUAUGUCUCUGACACAUAUCAUUUUAUGAAUUAGUGCUGGUGGUCCUUAGAGCUUUGGAGUUGCCAAAGUCAAUCUGAAUUUUUUAUUUUCAUUUUUGAGUCAUACUGUACAAACAUAUUAUACUAGUGAUCUAGAUAACACGCAUGCAAACACACCCACCUACACACAGAGUGGAAACAUCAGAGACAAGUUUAUGUCCACUCAAUUCCAAAGUCCAGUUAACGAUUACAAGGUUAAAGAGGUGUUUUGUGACGGGUUAUAAAUGUCAAGGUCAGGAGAGUACAUGUUAGCUUUUCAUUAACAUUGCAUAGUGAAUAUGUAAACAAUGCUAUGUAACUGGAUGUCUAGAAUUAGAGCAAUAUUCAAAAUUCUAAAAGUUGGCCGAACUCUCUAAAUAUACAGUGCCUUUGGAAAGUAUUCAGAUCCCUUGACGUUUUCCACAUUUUGCUACGUUACAGCCUUAUUCUAAAAUGGAUUAAAAAAGCGAAAACAGGUUCGUAGAAAUUUUGGCAAAUGCAUUAAAAAUAAAAACAGAAAUACCUUAUUUACAUAAGUAUUCAGACCCUUUUCUAUGAGACUCAAAAUUGAGCUCAGGUGCAUCCUGUUUCCAUUGAUCAUCCUUGAGAUGUUUCCCCUACUUGAUUGGAGUCCACCUGUGGUCAAUUCAAUUGAUUGGACAUGAUUUGGAAAGGCACACACCUGUCUAUGUAAGGUCCCACAGUUGACAGUGCAUGUCAGAGCAAAAACCAAGUCAUGAGGUCGAAGGAAUUGUCCGUAGAGCUCCGAGACAGGAUUGUGUCAAGGCACAGAUCUAGGGAAGGGUACCAAAACAUUUCUGCAGCAUUGAAGGUCCCCAAGAACACAGUGGCAUCCAUCAUUCUUAAAUGGAAGAAGUUUGGAACCACCAAGACCCUUCCUAGAGCUGGCCGCCCGGCCAAACUGAGCAAUCGGGGGAGAAGGGCCUUGGUCAGGUAGGUGACUAAGAACCCGAUGGUCACUCUGACAGAGCUCUAGAGUUCCUCUGUGGAGAUGGGAGAACCUUCCAGAAGGACAACCAUCUCUGCAGCACUUCACCAAUCAGGCCUUUAUGGUAGAGUGGCCAGACGGAAGCCACUGCUCAGUAAAAGGCACAUGACAGCCCACUUGGAGUUUGCCAAAAAGUACCUAAUGACUCUAUGACCAUGAGAAACAAGAUUAUCUGGUCUGAUGAAACCAAGAUUGAACUCUUUGGCCUGAAUGCCAAGCGGCACAUCUGGGGGAAACCUGGCACCAUCCCUACGGUGAAGCAUGGUGGUGGCAUGCUAUGGGGGUGUUUUUCAGCGGCAGGGACUGGGAGACUAGUCAGAAUCGAGGCAAAGAUGAACGGAGCAAAGUACAGAAAUCCUGCUCCAGAGCGCCACUGGAGGAUGCGUUAAGGGUUAGGGGUUCUCUCUUUUCUGGAGAGACCUGAAAAUAGCUGUGCAGCAAUGCUUCCCAUCCAUCCUGAAAGAGCUUGAGAGGAUCUGCAGAGAAGAAUGGGAGAAACUCCCCAAAUACAGGUGUGCCAAGCUUGUAGCGUCAUACCCAAGAAGACUCGAGGCUGUAAUAGCUGCCAAAGGUGCUUCAACAAAGUAGUGAGUAAAGUGUCUGAAUACCUAUGUAAAUGUGAUAUUUCCGUUUUUUAUUUUUUAUACAUUUGCAAAAAUAUAUAAAAACCUGUUUUUGCUUUGUCAUUAUGGGGUAUUGUGUGUAGAUUAAUGAGGGAAAAAAACAAUUUAAUACAUUUUAGAAUAAGGCUGUAACCUAACAAAAUGUGGGUCUGAAUACUUUCCGAAGGCACUGUAUGUCUCUGGAUAAGGCCUCAUGUACAGUAGGGUGCGAGGCCAGGUGGCUGGUGUGGGGGGUCAGGUGGUUGUGACGUCGUCUUCCCCCAACCAGGCCACCAGGCCACAGGCGGUGUUGCAGUAUUACUUCAGUCACACUUGGCUAACGCUACAGAACAACGACAGGCCACAGGACAAAGGUAGGCUGACCACUUCAGCAGACAGCUACUGAUAACACAAAAGCGUCAGGCGUCGAAGGUGUGUGUUUUGUUAAACACCCAAACACACAGGAUUAUUAACACACACACACACGCACACACAAAUGCUGACUACAGGUGGUCUCAAGGGCCUUUGGGGUCUGGCACCUGCAGCUCAGCAUGAUCCCCUCUGUUGAGAUGGGCUUUAGAGAAUAUGCACCGCACUUAACACUUCGGCUGUGCCAGUCUCACACACACACACGCACCACACUUUCCCCUACUCUCAGCAUUGAAAUGUCAUCCUUGUCAUGGAGCGAUGGGCAGGAAUGUGUCAGUGAUUUUGAGGAGGUGGAGAAGUGGGGGCUGUUCAGCACAAAGAGGCCGUUGUCAGAAGAGACAGUUGUCUAGUGGCUGCCCAUGGCCCCUGGCUCUGGCACAGUCAGCCCUGUGGCUGAGCCAUCGUUGGUCUGUGUGUCACUAUCGAAAGCUGAUCCCAGUGUAGAAAGGCACUGCUAAAUGUACUUAAAUAACCAACUGAAUGAUUUGAAAGCUACUCCACAAACCCAAUAGCUAGUCUUAGGUUUGAAACCUUCACCGGGCUCUAUUCUGGAUGUGGUGCAGGGAGGGUAAUGGGGUAGUAGGCUGGUGUUGUGUUGCUGGGUAGAGGGUCAGCCAUCACGUGUAAAGCCCUGCCCAUUCCCUCGUCCCCGGCAUAGGUUUCACCACAGAUGUUACUGUUAGAAAUAAGAGCUGAAAUAGAUGCAAAUCUCUCUAAAAGUCAAUGAGAUGGCGUUCUUCUGUCUUCCUUUAUCUCUUUACACACACAAACACCUCAUGGCAUUGGGCUAAAGGUCCUGCCUACACUUGAGUGUCAGUUUGACUGCUGUGCCCUGAGUGUUGUGGAGUUGCUGGUUAAAUUUGGACCUCGUCAUGCAGAUGAAUGUAGGCCUGAGUCGUAAACAUAUUCUGCCGCCGCAGCUGACACAGGUCUGUCUGUACAGGUCGUAUUAUUUAAGAGCCAAAUCAGGACCCCAGCACCGAGAUGCCAUGUCAAACUGCUACGUGGGUGUUACCACACUCUCCCUAGAGUUCACAACCUUUCAGCUCCAAGCCUCCCUCCAAGUUCCACGUGUUUUGGUGCCCUGUUUGUAUUCUGUUUAUUCCUACACCCAGAUUGAUACAAUUACUCUGUCUUCUCUGUUUCUCCCACUGUCUCCUUUUCCACCUCCCCUCCCCAACAUCUCUCUGUGCCAGUCUCAGUGACAGAGGUGGAGUGUGUGCGUGAGGGCUGCCAGUCUGAGGCUCUGCGGAGGCUAUCUGGGUCGGUACCAGAGAAUCAGUGCUUCACGGUGGUGUUCAGAGGAGCCAGGAAGAGUCUGGACCUCCUCUGCCCAUGUGAGGAGGAGGCGAGGCACUGGGUCCGAGGGAUCCGCACCCUGAAGGAACGCGUGGCCAACAUGACCCAGAAGGAGAAACUGGAUCAAUAUCCUUUACCUCCCGUGGCUCUUUGCUGCGCUGUGCCAGGCUGCCAGCCUUCGACCCAGAGUAAAUAUAGUGCAGGCUGGGCAGCCAGGAUCGCUAUGGUGACUGACUCUGAACAUAACACUGUCACAUGCACCAUCCCGCAUCCACAGCAUACCUAAGAUGUGCAGCAAUGGCCCAGCAAAAAGCACUGUCUAAAUAUAGUCUGAAUAUCCUGUCAAACAUGAUCCCUUGUAUAGCCGCUGGGUUGUUAGCGACACAGACACACUUGUGUAAAACGCAAAGCCAGAUCUUUGUAUCUCUGCUUAUCUGUCACUGUUCAUUUUCUGUUUACAUGUGUGGAGUCAUGAGAACAGAUAGAGGAGUAGGUGCUCUGGGACAUGUCCAGGCUAGUGCCUUGGCUUGUUAUUGGGUAAGAUUUGAGGUGCGGUUUUACACUGGCAGGGCCCAGCCAUGUUUGCAGUAGACUGAUAAAGACCAGCCUUGCAAAAGCUCUUAUUGUUGUGUGUGUCCUGGAAGAGGGGGGUGUCAUUUUGGCUCCUCUCUCUACAUCAGCCCUGUGUUCAUUAGAGGCCUUGGAGGAGGCUUUUAGUAUUAUGACUUCAGAUGGAUGUUGGCAUCGUAUUCCAUUUCAAUUCCUGGUAGUUGAAUUAGACACGGCUAUACAAUUGAUUCCUGGAUCGCUGUGAAUUAAGAAAUGAUGAAAUUGACCCUUACCCAUAGUUGGAUGUGGGCUGUAAUGUGCCUGUAUACAGUAUGCAUGUGCAUCAACUCUGCCUGUAUGUAUAGAUGUGUUUUGUGUCUAUAAAUACUGUAUAUACCAUAGUAUGUACUUUUAAGGAUGUGUUUAGGGUUAGGGGUUCGGUAUGCUCCCCUGGUUGCUCUCCUUAACCCCCCACACCUGGAUCCGUGGCUACCUGAAACGGGCUGAUGAGAAUGACGAUGGGAAGAUGAGUUAUGACGAGGUCAAACGCCUGCUGCAGAUGAUCAACAUAGACCUGAAUGAACAGUAUGCAUGCUCACUAUUCAAGGUGAGCACAUACUGUAUGUGUGUGCAUGUGCGUUUGUGUGUAGGCGAGAUGUUGUUGUUGGUUGAGGGCCAUUGUUUAUUCAGUAUGCUGUGGAGUAG